AUGGUGAGAUUCAGCAGAGUGUUGCUAAAAGACGCCGGAGUUGCAAUCGACAAGACCCUCUCCGAGAUUCUCGUGUGUCCUCUCUCCAAGCAACCUUUGAGGUUUUGCGAGAAGACGAAAUCAUUGGUCAGCGAUACUAUUGGUGUCUCUUUUCCUAUAAAAGAUGGGAUUCCAUGCUUGGUUCCAAAGGAUGGAAAAAUACUAGAGGAGGAAAGUGAUGCAUCCAAAGCUUAA